CAUCACUCAGCCAACCUUCCUUCACGAGCCGCUGUGUCGUAUCAAAGCGGUUGUUUAACCAUUUGGACUAUCUCGUCAAACAUUCCCUUUUCUUAUAAGUGUGCUCGCGAAACGACAAUAAGCAGCCUUUUUUGCGGCUGUUACCACGACGACGGCAUCUGGAACCAUGUCAAUGUUCAGCACAGGCAUCCUGGUGCUCACGUCGCCUCUGCAUAGCCUUCGCAUUGCCCCGGUGCUCAGCUCGGCGGCCCAAUUGGUGGAGCGCACUCUCUACGUCCACCUGCACCCGGGACUUAACCUAAGCGGCGGAGGCCAACCACGUCCCGUAUUCAUUCCUCCGGCUGUCGAUCUCUGUUCACUCAUCACGCGACUGUACAGCAACGCGGCUGAUGUGUGCGCUCACCUCGACGUCCGUGUUUUGCUCACCAAUAUCAAUCCCCCGUCUGGCAUUUCUGGCCCUUUCCCCACGCCGCAGUUCCUGUCCCACCCUCCUGAGGUGCUGCUCACGGACUUCCCCCUGCAAGACCCUACGCAGUCACACCAGGUGACGCAGUGUCUGCAGGGCUACGCCGGACGCUGCUACGCAUGCCGGCCCGGCCUUCCGUCAGUGUUGCUUCACUCGGAGAUGGCCGCUCAGCAGGAGGACUCGGUGGUCGAAGAGAAUCAGCCUGAAGAUGGGAAACCUUUGGAGAUGUACCCCGACGUGGUGGUAGGCGGCACCUUUGAUCGUCUCCACGGGGCCCAUAAGACCCUCCUCAACAUGUCGUGCUUGCUCGCCACCAGACGAUUCCUCAUCGGCGUGUGCGACCAAGGAAUGCUGAAAAAAAAAGUGCUGAAGGAGCUCAUCGAGCCAUAUGACCUACGUGUUGAAAAAAUCCAGGAGUUCCUUCGGGACGUCAAGCCCUCCUUGCAGGUGGAGAUCGUGCCUUUGGGCGACCCGCUCGGGGUGUCAGUGGUGGAUCCACUUCUGCGCUGUAUCGUGGUUAGCGAAGAGACCCGCAAAGGAGGCGAGGCUGUCAACCGGAAACGUAUUGAAAACGGUCUUCCUGCUUUGGUUCUUCACGAGAUUCAGCUACUCAAGGACGCGCACCACUCCGAGACAGAAGAGGAGAAAAUUAGUUCGUCCAGCCUUCGCUCCCGCUUGCUGGGAACACUUCUCAUCCCACCCAAAGACACGCCUCAUCUGCCACUCAGACCGUAUGUGAUCGGUCUGACGGGCGGGAGCGGCAGCGGGAAGAGCUCAGUGGCCAAGCGCCUAGAGAAGUUGGGAGCAGUUUGCAUCGACUGCGACAAGCUGGGCCACCAAGUAUACGAGACAGGCACUGCCGCCUACCAACGUGUCGUCGAUGAGUUCGGAUCAGAUAUCCUGAAUGAAGACAAAAGUAUCAACAGACGAAUCUUAGGGAAGAAGGUGUUUGGAAAACAGGAAAGAUUAAAAGCGCUAACAGACAUUGUGUGGCCAGAAAUUGCACUUCUCGUCAAGGAUGUAAUCAGCCAAGCCAGGGAACAAGGUAAAGAUGUAUGCGUAUUAGAUGCAGCGGUUCUUCUGGAGGCGGGUUGGACGGACAUGGUCCAUGAAGUUUGGGUGACCAUCAUCCCCGAGGAGGAGGCGGUGUCCCGUAUAACAAAGCGAGACAACGUAUCACCGGAAGACGCCCUGCACCGCCUGCGGAGCCAGGGCUCAGACGCUCAGCGGCUGGAGCAUGCCAACGUGGUGCUUAGCACACUGUGGGAGCCUGAAGUCACACAGAAACAGGUGAAAUGUUGCAUUUGUACUUUGUAUAUGACUAACCUGCCAUAUACAAACAGUUGCCACCUCCUCAAUGCUGAAGCAUUACUGGCCCAAGCAUGAGAAUGAAGUUUCUGAUAAUCCCAAAAUAAACACAGCACUUAGAUGACGAAGUGGGGAGUCAAGAAGGCAAUGCAACUGUAGAUGAAAUUGCAAAAGUGCAACGAUGCAUGGCUGAGCCGAACAUGAACCGAAGCCCAACUGAGCCAAUGGACAUCUUAUCCAAACCUCUUUCAACUGGAAAUUCUUGUGCAUGCUGGCAUCAUUGGUUCCAUGCGAGUGUGUUGUCCACAGCAGGCUUGUUUGAUUUUAAAAAGGUAACCAACUAAAUUUUAAACAUUAAAAAAAAAAACUAUGUUUUUGAAUAAAAUUUUAUCAGAACAAAAAGUCCACAGGCAUUCCUCAUUCACCCAUUCAUUAUUACUUACAUUUUCACAUUAUAAUAUAUUUUCACAUAAUUUAAAGAUAUGGAAUAAUGCAAUAUGAAUGCAAAGACUUAAAUUAUUUGAUUUUACAUGCUGUGUCAGUCUGUCAAGUGGGUUGCCUGUAGGGAUUUUUUAUGUCCAGCAGGUGUCAGUAUUCAAUGACACAGUAUCCACACUGUGUCAACACAGUGUGUCGACACGCUUCAUGAGGUCUCACGGACCCAUCACUACACCACCAAUGUUUUUGGCAGCCAUUUUAAUUUUCUUUAGUCAUUAGCCUGUCAUUUUGUCAUUUCAAAAUGUGUGUCUUCAUCUAAUUUUUGUUGACGAAAACUAAUUUGGUCCAGUUUUAGUUGACGUUUACUCAAUAUUUUCAUCUGUAAAAUUUGAAAGUUUCACUCCAAAAAUAGAAAAAACGUUUCCAACUAUUUUGAAUGAACAUUGACAGACGAGCACAUAUUGUAGCAUCUACAAAUCACGUGAUAAUACACACUCAGCAGGAAAACAGUACAUUAUUUUCAAUUAGUUAUACCCACUUGGAGACACCGCGAACAGUAUGUAAAAGAAAAAAAAAGGUCAGUUUAAAAGGACGCUCGCCGUUAGCAAUAGCCUAAUGCUAGCGCGAACGUGAAUGCCAUGCUAAUGCUAUGGGUUACAUUUGGUGUGUGAGGAUCACUCAGCACAGACCUUUAAAGGCUAAAGCAACAUUGCAUUUAAAAGGAUGCUCGCCGUUAGCAAUAGCCUAAUGCUAACGUGAACAUGAUUGCUAUGCCAAUGCUACAAGUUACAUUUGGUGGGUGAGGAUCACUUAGCACAGACCUUUAAAGGCUAAAGCAACAUUGCAUAUUCUCUUUUCCCAAGACAAAUCUUACCGCGUGUCUCAAAACAAGCAAUGGGGAGACAGGAGAGGA